AAAAAGAAAAACUUUUUGAACCAAAUAUUAUUUUGCUCCUUUUUUGAUAGUGUCUUUAAAGAAUUAGUCUCAGGCUUGUAUCCAACUUUCGAUCACUCAAACCAAAAAAAGAAGAGAGCUUCUUCUAAUUUACACUUGACAGAGCAACGACAAUAAUGGCAUCUAAGUUCUUCAGCAAUCCCCAGAGGCAGAGAGCAUGUUGAAAAAUAUGAAGUCUUUAUGAGCUUGAGAGACGAGGAUACUCGCAAUACGUUUGCCAGUCAUCUUUACAACGCGUUAUGUGCAAAGAAGAUCACAACUUAUUUUGGCCUAGUACUCCACAAAGCAGGAGGAGGAGGUGAUGAUGAAAUUACAAAUUCAGCACCACAUUUGAGAGCGAUUCAGGACUCAAAGCUUGCUCUAAUCAUUUUCUCCGAGAAUUAUGCUUCUUCCGCGAGGUGUUUGGAUGAACUCAUUCAUAUUUUCCACUGCAACGACCGAAAUAGACAGCCCGUCGUUGUGCCCGUUUUUUACCACGUGAAUCCAUCGCAUGUCAGAAAACAACAAGGGAGCUAUGAAGCUGCAUUUGCUGCACAUGAAAAACAUUUUGAUCAGGACGUGAACAAUGAUGAUGUUCAUAAUAAUAAUAAUAAUAAUGAUAAGGUCAGAGAGUGGAGGUCUGCUUUGGCGAGGGCAGCCAAUCUAUCCGGCUGGGAUUCAUCUGCCAUUGGGUCCGAAUCUAAAUUGGUUGAAGCGAUUGCCGAUGAUAUUCUGAAAAAGUUGUCUCGUAUUACAUCAUCAAGUGAUUACGAAGAGAAGGGCUUGGUUGGAACCGGAAAGCGCAUCCAACAAAUCGUAUCAUUGUUACAAAUGGGAUCCUCUGAUGAUACAAGUGUUCGUAUCCUAGGCAUUUGGGGUGCUUGUGGCAUAGGAAAGACAACUCUUGCUCGUGUCAUAUUCAACCGACUUUCUUCUCAGUUCGACAGUUGCUGUUUUCUUGAAAAUGUCAAGGAGGAAACGCAGAAGCACGGUCUCUCUCAUUUGCAAACUAAACUUUUUUCUGAAUUAUUGGAGGAGAAAAAUCUGAGUAUGGCGAAUAGGUUUUGGAAGGACAGGCUCCGACACAAAAGGGCACUUAUCGUUGUCGAUGGUGUUGAUGACACGGAGCAAUUAGAGUAUUUAGUUGGUGAUCGCGCUUGGUUUGGCCAUGGUAGUAGAAUCAUUGUCACAGCAAGAGAGGUGGAAGUUGUUGACAAUACAGUAGUAGUUGAUGGAACAUACAAGGUUGAGGAGUUAGAUUCUGAUGAAGCUCUUGAGCUCUUUUAUUCGAAAGCUUUCGGAGGUUUACCUGUCCCAAAGAAUUACGCGGAGCUGUCGAAAAGGGCGAUCCAUCAUGCGGAAGGGAUUCCAUUGGCUCUUAAAGAUUUGGGUCGCCGCCUCUAUUCCAAGAGCACCAAAGUGUGGGAAAGUGAAUUGAGUAGACAGGGAAAAAGAAAAAAGGUCAUCUGACACAUAACUUUCAAUUUGUUAAGUUAUGCAGGGAAAGGGUCUUAUUCUAUGAGGGAGGGUAGGAGAAUAAACCUGAUUCUUGUACUUGAUAUAUGUUUGUAUAUACAG